AUGCGAUCGGCGCUCCGGUCUUCGGGUCUCGACUGGCAGGGUCUGGGCUUGGCCCCGCCCCCUCCUUCCCGGUCCCCGCCCGCGCGGCGCGGCGCGGCGCGGCCCGAGCGAGCUCGAGAGGCGGCUGGCUGGACCCCGGCGCCAUUUGGAUGUUCUCUUUCCCCUCGCACUCAGGAUGAGGUGGGCGCACCGGGCAUAGUGGUUGGAGUUUCUGUGGAUGGAAAAGAAGUCUGGUCAGAAGGUUUAGGGUAUGCUGAUGUUGAGAACCGUGUACCAUGUAAGCCAGAGACAGUUAUGAGAAUUGCCAGCAUCAGCAAAAGUCUGACCAUGGUUGCUCUUGCCAAGUUGUGGGAAACAGGAAAACUGGAUCUUGAUAUUCCUGUGCAGUAUUAUGUUCCUGAAUUUCCAGAAAAGGAAUAUGAAGGCGAAAAGGUUUCUGUCACCACAAGAUUACUGAUUUCCCAUUUAAGCGGAAUUCGUCACUAUGAAAAGGACAUGAAAAAGGUGAAAGAAGAGAAAGCUUAUAAAGCCUUGAAGAUGAUGAAAGAAACUGUGGAAUCCGACCCAGACGGGAGUCACGGCGACCUGGCCAAGGCGAAGACAGAGCCGGACAGUGACGCCAAAGGCAAGAAUGCGAAGCCUGGCAAGAAGAAGAAUGAUUUUGAACAAGGAGAAUUAUACUUGAAAGAAAAGUUUGAAAACUCCAUUGAAUCCUUGAGAUUAUUUAAAAACGACCCCUUGUUCUUUAAACCUGGUAGUCAGUUUUUGUAUUCAACUUUUGGCUAUACCUUACUGGCAGCCAUAGUAGAAAGAGCUUCAGGAUGCAAGUAUUUGGACUACAUGCAGAAAAUAUUCCAUGACUUGGAUAUGCUGACCACUGUGCAGGAAGAAAAUGAGCCAGUGAUUUACAAUAGAGCCAGGUAA